AUGGUGACUGCUGCCGAUGGGGACGCCGUGGCCACGGGGACACUCAGCCCGGACCGCUCCGAUCUUCCCCGCACCAGCGACGUCCAGCCCGCCUUCUCCUCACCCCGUGUGCUCACUGGAACUGCACGUUCCAUUUCCUCCAAUGGCUUCUCCUUUGCGUUCACAGCUCAGCUGACCGCUGGCGUCCAAGCUAAGAAUGAGAACUCGUGCGCGGAUGUCAACGGUAAAGGGAAUUUCAACCGAAUUAACGAGGAGUCUUUGGGGUCCCGGGGCCGCGAGCCGCACGCGCCGCCGAGGGAACGCCGCUCCCGGCGCUGCCCGCAAACACCCGGCGAGCUCGGGCCGUUCGGCAGGAAGCUGCUCAGCGCGCAGCCGCCGCGGCGUCCACCCGCCAACCGGCGGAGGGGAGCCGGGCCGCCCUCGACGCGCCCACCGGGGCCCGGCGGCCGAGCGCGGAAGCCAGCGUCGGGGACGCGGCGCUGCGGCCGAGGCGGUGAGCCGUCCCGGGCCCCCGCCCGCCCCUCGCCCGGGCUGCAGCCCUCACAGCGGCCCCGCCGAGGCGCCGGGCCUCCCCCCUCCCGCUCCCGCGGCGGCCGGAAUGGAACGGUCCGGCGGGGGGGAUUGUGGGAGGCGCACGCGCGAGGGGCGGAGGGCAUGUGGGGGGGCGGCGGCGGCGGCGGCGGCGGCGGCGGCGGCCGUGGCGGCGGGGCCGAGGCGGGGCGGGGGGCCGUGCGAGCGGGCGCCCCCGAGCGAGCGCCGAAGGGCCGGCGGGCGCGCCAGGCGGCCGAAGGCGGGGGUCGGGGGGAGAGCGAGCGGCGAGCCCGGAGCCCGUCCGGCGCGUGCGGGCGGCUGCCGCCGCCGCCGCCGCCGCUCUGCCGCCGCCGCUCCCGCCGCCAUUUUGGGUUCGCUUUGCGGAGGGGCAGUCGAUCCCCGUUUGGGUUGCGGGACCGCCUCCCCUCGGUGGCCGCUGCCCAGCCGCACGCCUUGCCCUUCUCCUCGCUCGCGGUUCCGCCCGUCCGCGCCCCCGCGGGCCGCCUCCUGACAAGCGGCAGGGAGCCGCCGCCGACCCGGGGCCGCCGAGGAGCCUGCUUGGCGGCCGCCCCCCUUCCCCACUUCCCUGCACUCUCCUCUCGCUCGGCCUCGGCCUCUGACACGGUGAGCAGAGCCGCCCGCGGAGGCUUCGGGCCUAAGUGUUCCGCGCGCGAGGCGAGCCUGGGCGGCCCGGGCGCCCCUGUCACCUCCCGGUCCUGGACCUCCGGGAGAGCGGCGGCGGGGUGGGGGAGGGGAGCGAGGCGAGAGGAUCCUGAGCGGCCCGGGAAGUCCCUCCCGGCGGGGGGGGGGGAGGGGUGUCCCUGGCGGGCGGGCUCCGGGGCUGGGGGAGGGGCGGGAAAGUCGGCGGGCGGAGGCGGAGCCGCCCGGGCCCCUGACAGGUUAGUUGGCGCGCGGCGGGAGCAUCCCCCGGCCCCGGGGGCAGGGGCGGGGCGGGGGCGGGCGCCGGGGGUGCCGGGCCCGGCGCGCGCUGUCCGGCCCGGGGUGCGAGUUGAGCGGGUGUCCUGGGGAGUUUGGACGGGGACGGCGAGUGUGGCCGUGAGCAGUCGGUGUGCGGGUGUGUGCACGCGGGGCCGGAAAGUGUUCCGGGAGAGUUGGCUCGGGUCCGUGCAAGUGUGCGGGAGUUCCCCGCGCGCCUCGCCGCGUCCCGGAGCCGGCCGCCCCGCCCCCCCCCCCCCCCCCCCCCCGCCGGCCGUGCCCGCGCCCUGCGCCGCCUGGGAGCGCCCGCUGCUGCCGGCGCGGAGGAGCCAUGGCGGUAGCGCCCUCGGCGCCGCGUCUGUGUGUGCGGUGGGGACGGGGCGCUCGUCCCGGCCGGUCGUGCUCCUGGGAGCCGUCCUCGGGCGGCGGCCGGUCGUGCCAGCGCGAGUCCCGACGGGCUGUGAGCCGACGGCCCCCGCCGGGCUGGGAGGCUGGGGCGGCCUUCCUGCCGGAGGCUGCUCGGAACGGCGCCUGCUGCGGGGUGGUCCUGCGCCCGUGCGCACGCGGUGCGGUGCCCGACUUCCCCCGUCACGGAGCGGGGAGUGGAGGCAGGACGACAUCCUUUCCCCAAGGUCACGCCGAGUGGGUGACCACACUGACGUUGUGCCCCAGUGCGGUGCCUGCUUGUCCAGCGGUGCGUUCGCCGCACGCCCGGGCCCGGCAGGGUCUUCCCGCACCGUCCGGCUUCCUGGGGAGCCGGGGGCCGCGGGCGCCUGGCCGGCGCGGCUGCCGGGGCUGAGCUGUGUCGCACGCGUGCACGACCCUGGGCCGGCCCUGCAGGGUGGCCUGUAG